AGGCUAGGCGUAGCUGGCACGGAAGAGCGCUAUAUUUGUUAUGCUAAAUAGAAGCGAGUUGAUCAUAAUUUGUUUUAAUUUGUUUUCAUAAAUUUUUUAUUUAAUAGGAAAAUAUAACUGGUCAAACCUUGCUCUAUUUGGUCAAACCGCACACAAACCACCCACACAAAUCAUCAGCUCCAGAAAAGUAGAGCGGGCGCUAUUCUUAACAUAUCUGGGACUGGGACUCAGGGAGGGGCACGGAAGAAUGCUCCAUUUGUUAUGCUAAUAGAAGUGAGCUAGUUGAUCAUAAAUAGGAAAAUAUCAGGUCAAGGUCAAACCGUACACAAAAUUACUAACCACCCACACAAGUCAACGGCUCCAGAUAAAGGGUUGUUCUUCUUCCUAGUCUACUCAACCUCUUCACUUGAGCUAGAGAUUGGUAAGCAGUGAUGGCACAGCCUCCGCCUUACAAUGCACAGGGCAAACCACCCCAACAACCAGGCUACCCACCACAGCAAGCCGGCUACCCACCCCAACAACCAGGCUACCCACCCCCAGUUUAUGGCAAUCAGGCACCAGUGACCAAUGUUCAAGUUCAACACACAAAUGUUGUUGUUCAGCAAAACAGAACCAGCGGGUUGGAGAGAUCUUUGGGGAGUCUUUUCAAAUCUGCUGAAAAGGUUGUAAAUAAUGCCAGCAACACACUUGUUCGUGAAUCAGAUCGUUAUGCGAACUCCCCAACAUUGAAUUUAUUCAGUAAUGGUAACAUUUUGAGACUUCAAGCCAGAUCCAAUGGAGGAUAUCUGCAAAUCCUUCCUACUGGGGCAUUGGAUGCCAAAGGCUCUCCAAAUGACUUAGCAGCUCACUUUGUGGUAGUGAACAUUGGUUUCAACCAGAUCAUUCUCAAAAGUGCUAUAUAUCCUACAUGUCAUAUUGGCAACCAUGGCGGCCACAUUGUGGGAAAUGGUAACGGUGAUCACUCAUGUAAGUUUCGUCUGCAUGAAACCAUGCAAGGUUUCAUCACGUUUGAAUCCGUGAACCCUGUAGAUCAGCACAUUGGAGUAAAUGCAGAUGGGAGUAUGAAACCUGCUAACGUUGUACGCAAGGAUAUUUCAGCUAUGUUUGGCCCAAGCUUGGUGUCUUCGCCUUACCCUCAGCCAGUAAACGUACAGCAGGCAACAACGACUACUACAACCUACCAGAAAAAGUAAACUGGGAUUUAUUACAUCGUCCAAAAGGGACUAAACCUUACUUAUUGGAAGGUUGCUGUCAAUAAAGUAAGACUCACAAUGGGUGCGUUUGAUUAGCUUACAUGUGUAAGUAAAACUGACACCAGAUUGUUGGAUUAGCCAUCAUGUGAUGCUGGUGUCUGCCCCAGUCGGUGUAAGCCACCACAGACCCAGCUCGCGACCGGGUCUCUGGUGGAAGCCAGUUGAAAUGAUAUAGUUUCGGGGAUGAUAUAGUUGAAUUCGACGUCGUGUACAAAAACUACAAAUUAAUCCACAGAUGCAUCAUCCGUGAAACAAUUAUGGCAAAUAGAAAAGAACUGUACAUGUAUUUCCUGAAAAGCAAGCAUUCAGUAACUCAAAUUGUGUCAUAUACGCUCUAAUUCAGCAGAUGACGGAGUUGUAUGUGUACAAAGACACCCCUACACAACAACCUUUGACCUUAAUUUUGCUAGAGUGCCAUGCGAAACACCCCAGUGUCAAUCAGUCUCUUUUAUGGCUACCAAUGACUAUAAAUCCACAGUACACACAGAUAAGCUUCUCAAACGCACACUAUUAAAGUGAUUUCAACUUUGAAAUAUUUACUUGUCACUAUAAGACGUGGCAGUUCUCUUCAAUUAUUCAAGAACUUGCUGUAGACUCUUUUAUUAAAGUAGCAUAAGCAUAUAAUUAUAUUAUAGUUUUUAAGGUACGAGAUGUAUUGAUUUGUUCACUGUAUAAUUAUCUACCUUCGUAUGAUGUAUGUUUUUUGCCUGUGUUUUGCGUGCUUCGCGUUGGGAGUAGAGUCUUGUACACUAGAUAUAUUAUUAUGACACACCUAAAGUGUAUUUAACAAAGUAAAACUAUUUUUCAGUAAGACUACAUGAAUAUAGUUGUAGAGGAUGCACAUGCACACAGUAUUGUGUAGACGUAUUCUUACAAAA